AUGAGUCAACUUGGAUUAGACCAACAGAUAACCCCACCUAGACUUGCACGUCACAUCAACAUCACGACUGUCUCAAGAACACAGCACUACAUGGUCCUUUGCGAAGUGAAAAUAUUUGAAACUGAUUGCCCAAAUGGAACAUAUGGAGAUGGAUGCGCUGGAAACUGUCGACAUUGCAAAGGAGGUUUUCAACAGUUUGACCAUAUUUACGGAACAUGCAACAUGGGAUGUGAAACAGGAUUUGUAGGACUGCUUUGUGUGCAUAGCUGCAACAUCAGUUUCUACGGUGAAAACUGUACAGAACGUUGCGGGAACUGUUUAAAUGGUAGCCGUUGUAAUUUGAAAAAUGGAAGCUGUCCAGGAGGAUGUUCACCGAGCUUUCUCGGAGUUUACUGUAAUCAAACGUGUUUGUCCGGGCAAUAUGGACCUGGAUGCGUGAACAGAUGCAGUGGAAACUGUUUUAACACAGAAACCUGCAAUGGCAUCACUGGUGUAUGCUUAAAUGGUUGUGCACCUGGCUAUGAUUACAAUAGGGACGCAAAAUGCGGAGCAACUUGCACUAACGGCUCGUAUGGUCAAAACUGCUCCGCAAAGUGCGGCCAUUGUCUUGACGGCCCGAUAUGUGAUAACUUAUCCGGAAAAUGCAGCGAUGGAUGUGAACGGGGGUACAAGGGAGGCACAUGUAAUGAAAUUUGCGCAAACAAAACGUUUGGAUAUAAUUGUGAGGGGCAUUGUCACUGUAACUAUGAAUCAGAACAGUGUGACGUCAUAAGUGGAAACUGCAGUAGCGGAUGUGCAAAUGGAUGGAUCGGCUUAAACUGUAGUACAUCCUGUACGGCUGGCAGUUAUGGGCACAAAUGCAAGGACAGCUGCAGUGGGAAUUGUUUGAACGGAGAAACCUGCCAUUUUACCACGGGAGAAUGCUCUACUGGUUGUGCCCCGGGCUAUGACUACACGCGGGAUGACCAUUGUCAAACAGCCUGUGACGACUACUCGUACGGUCAAAAUUGCUCUUCCCGCUGUGGUCAUUGCCUGGUCGAUGCGGUUUGUGAUAAGAUAUCUGGAAACUGUCCAUCAGGCGGAUGUAAGAUGGGAUACAGCGGAUCAAGAUGUGAUCAAAUUUGCACAGACAACACAUUUGGAUAUAAUUGUGAAGGACUGUGUCAUUGUAACAACAUAAGCGAACAGUGUAAUGUAACGAAUGGAGACUGUAGCAGUGGGUGUGCAAUUGGCUGGGCAGGCAACAACUGCAGUAAAGAUAUGAUAUUGACAGCUCCUGCACGAAAACUGUCGACUGCCCCCGAAGCAAAAGUCGCGAGAGUGCUCUCCCGUGGAUAA